GCGCUCGCUGCGGGUGCAGGUUUCUGGGCCCGUGCGUCAGCCGUGCUUCCUCUUUGUCCGACAUCUUAGCGAGGCUGCAGGGCGGCCCACUGCUCGCUGAGCUUCGCUAUGCCCCCCAAGGACGACAAGAAGAAGAAAGAUGCCGGAAAAUCGGCCAAAAAAGACAAAGACCCAGUGAACAAAUCUGGAGGCAAGGCCAAAAAGAAGAAGUGGUCCAAAGGCAAAGUUCGGGACAAGCUCAAUAACCUGGUCUUGUUUGACAAAGCGACGUACGACAAGCUCUGUAAGGAGGUUCCCAACUACAAGCUCAUUACUCCAGCGGUCGUUUCUGAGAGACUGAAGAUUCGAGGCUCCCUGGCCAGGGCGGCCCUUCAGGAGCUGCUUAGUAAAGGCCUUAUUAAACUGGUUUCAAAGCACAGAGCCCAAGUGAUUUACACCAGAAACACCAAGGGUGGAGAUGCUCCAGCUGCUGGUGAAGAUGUGUGAACAGGUCCCACCAGCUGUACAGUUUGGAAAAUAAAACUUUAUUAAAUCAAAUAAGUGGGUAUGUCUCUUUACUAAGAAAAGCAGUUACAAAGGAGAAGAGCAGGUAUGGG